AUGUCUGAUACAAGUAGAAUCGAGCAAUUGGAAGCUAAAAUCGAACACUUAAGUGCUAUCAUUGAUAAACAACUGAAAAUCAUUGCUAAAACUGGAGAGAAAUUACUAACUUUAGAAUUAAAAGAUAUUAAAGCUAAAUUAAAUUCCAGUAAUACACCUCAAUCCACUACGAAAUUGGAUUUAGAUGAUUAUGUAACUAAUGAAGAUGUGGUCCAAUUGGUUACGGAAUUACAAGGUCAAUUGGAUCAAAUUGAAGAUCGAUCUGUGAUUCGUUUAUUUAAUAAUAGUGCAGUGAAUGAAGAUAAUGAUACCUUAGAAAUCUUAAGUAAUAAAGAUGGAGAAAUUCCUGAUUUUGAAGGAGUUCCAACUACUUUAGGUGAAUUCAAACAAUUGAGUAAUGUUGAUUUAAUUCAAUUAGGAUUAUUUUAUGAAGUUAUCUUCAUUCCUCAAGAAAAUCAACCAUCUCAAGAUCCUGAUCAAAUUGUUCAACAAUCAAAACCAGGUUCAAAAGAAUUGAAAAAUCAUAUUGAUCAAAUCUUAACAAACUUCUCUAAUGAAGAUUAUAUAACCUUGUUUGAUGAUUUAGCAAGAUACUUUGGUUUAAAAUAUAGAAAAGGUGGGAUUUAA